AUGCCAGGGACUGUAUACAUACCGCUACUAUCUAGUUUUGUUUCAUUAAUGCCAGGGACUGUAUACAUAUCGCUACUAUCUAGUUUUGUUACACUAAUGCCAGGGACUGUAUACAUACCGCUACUAUCUAGUUUUGUUACACUAAUGCCAGGGACUGUAUAUAUACCGCUACUAUCUAGUUUUGUUACACUAAUGCCAGGGACUUUAUACAUACCGCUACUAUCUAGUUUUGUUUCAUUAAUGCCAGGGACUGUAUACAUAUCGCUACUAUCUAGUUUUGUUACACUAAUGCCAGGGACUGUAUACAUACCGCUACUAUCUAGUUUUGUUACACUAAUGCCAGGGACUGUAUAUAUACCGCUACUAUCUAUUUUUGUUACACCAAUGCCAGGGACUGUAUACAUACCGCUACUAUCUAGUUUUGUUACACUAAUGCCAAAGACAGUAUACAUACAUGCUACUAUCUAG